AUGCUCCCCGGUGAUGAGCCUGAUCUAAGACCCACCACUCCCAUCGUGCAGAGCCCAAUCGUAAGUCCAGCGGAAUCCGGCUCAAUACCAGACGACACUCCGUCAUUGCACGGCUCUUUGGCCUCAUCUCCAGGUCGCCUUGCGUCUCCAUCUCCGCUGGCACGACGAGCUGUAUCCAGAACGGCAUCCGGAGCUUUGCAACCUUUCGAGCGGCGCUUCGAGACCCGGCUAUCUGCUUCGCCGUCUGGUUCGCCUCGGCCUGCUUCGCCAGGGUUCUUGACCCCACACUCUCGCCAAAUAUCACUCACAUCUCGCAUCUCGCAGCUUUCGUCACAAGACGAGGGUCUUGGAGAUGAGACACCUCAGGCACCGUGGGAAGUGGUCCGUUGGACGAAACUACGGCUCAUCACAGGCCAAGCGUUCUCCGAAGCAGGCAAGCGCAAUUUUGGGCGUCCGACAUGCCUCGCCGUCUCUGCAUUGAUUGCGAUUGGCACUUCGAAGGGUCUCAUCCUUGGUUUUGACUAUCACCAGACGCUUAAGAUCAUCAUUGGUCAGGGCACUAAGGCUACAGAGUGCGGGAGUGUCACUUCCCUCGCUAUCGCUGCUGAUUACUCUACCAUCGCGAGCGGACACGCUAAUGGCUCCAUCUUCACAUGGGAGAUCAGCCGACCUGCGAGACCCUUCCUGCAGAUUCCAGCGCUUGAUCGGAGCGUACUGCAACAACAGUAUCAUGAUGAUGGCCAUAUGGUGGGCACGGCAGUGCUACAUAUCGGUUUUCUGGGAACCAGACAUACGGCCCUUGUGUCUGCAGAUGCCGGAGGUAUGGCCUUCUCCCACAUAGCCACCAGAGGUCUUGGUCCGGUCGCCCGCACAGUCAGGUCGACACGCCUUCUUGGUAGAUACCCUGCAGUGAAAGCGGAGGCUGACCGCAGUCGCAAGCCAAGCUCCGUGCUUGCCUUCUCGCCCUUACCGCUGGGUAAUGUUGAGCAGGCUACUGACAGUAUGGGGCUCACAGCGCUCUUGACGCCAUAUUUGCUUGUUGUAGUGUCUACAACACCAAUCGCCCGAACACAGUACAAGUCACCUAGGCCGAAGGAGGUUAAGCCACACAGCACGCUCAGCGGUUCCCUUGCAUGGUUUCCGGCUGUCAAGCUGAAGCCGUCCAAUUCCUCAGCUGAGCCCAGCAAUUCGGAUACUAAACUGGCAUACUGUUGGUCUAAUGUAGUCACUGUCUUAGAUGUUAAGGUAAUGGAGAAUGAAGACGCUGUGAAGCCCCCAAGCCUUGAGUUCCAUCUACGACGUCGCUGGCACGCUGAAGAAGCAGUAGUCGGCAUACAGUGGCUCGGACGCUCUGUGCUCGGUGUGCUUACGAUUAGUCAGAGACUCUUGAUUGUGGAAGAUGGCAGUCUGCAGGUAACAGACGCCAUUGACCUCAUCCACAAGCACAUCUAUCACCAGGAUCUAUUCUCCCAGCAACUGCAUUCUGUGGUCGAACAUCUGGACACUGAUGAUCCCUCGCUCCACGGCGUUGUCGCAGAUGCCUUCUUUAUGAGCUUUCGAGCUUACAAAGGUCGCACCUUCCUGCUUGGCUUCAACGAUCUGACCGUCGGCACGUUGUCGAACUGGGCGGACAGGCUGGUGGCUCUCAUGGAAGCUGGUGACCAUAUUGCUGCCAUUCGCCUGGCUACGGACUAUUACACCAGCGGUGCGCAUAACGUUGCCAUCGGGCUGCCAGAAGACGACGAGUCAAGGCAUGAGAUGGUCAGGGAGAGAUUGCUGGCUAUGCUCUCCGCAUCCCUCAACUACACCUUCGCGCAGAAGGAAGAGCACCGGACCAGUAGGCUCCAGGAGCUGGCCGAGGUUUGCUUCGAGGCUUGCACAAGGAUGAAGGACACGGACUACCUGUAUAACGAGGUAUAUGAGAUGUUUGAUGAAGCAGACGAGGGAUCUACUUUCGUACUCACACUUGAACCCUACGUGCUUGACGGAGAGAUCAGAUCGGUGCCUACGGAGGUGGUGAAGAGCAUAGUCGCACAUUUCAUCGCGGAGAAUCAAGCCGGCAGGCUUGAAGAGCUGCUAUGCCGACUCGAUCCACUUUCCUUCGAUCUUGAUCAAAUUACAAUGCUUUGUAGGCAGCAUAGCCUCUACGACGCCUUGAUUUAUGUCUGGACACAAGGCAUUGGCGACUUCGUGACGCCUCUUGUGGACAUACUCACCUUGAUCCGAAUGCUGCAAGAGGGUAACGAUACUGACCAAUCCUUGGCCGGCAACCCUUUUUACGAAUCAGCGAUGAAGGUGUUUCCGUACCUUGCAUACUCCCUGACUGGUAGACGUUACCCUAGCGGUGAUGUGCUGGACGAAGAUGAGUCUGCGCGAGUCAAGGCGGAUUUAUAUGAGUACGUCUUCGCAGGUACUCCGACGGCUUGGCCUCCGGGCAGCAAGCGUGUCUUGCACACGACGAGCGACGCCUCCUUGGAGCCCGCAUUUCCGUAUCUGGUCUUACUCUUGGAAUUCGACACGGCAAGCUUCAUGAGCAUGCUCAAUGAAGCGUUCGAAGACUCUUUCCUCAAUGAGUCAAGUGACGACCAUGCCAUGAAGGGACCCAUGGCGAACGGCACGCCCAGCAGGCCAGGAUAUAAGAUGACGAGGCAGCACAUCAUCAGCAUCAUGCUGGACGUAGUGCGGCAGCACGAGUUUGACCCUGUGCAAGUCGUCUACCUGGAGAUGUUUAUUGCACGUAGCCUGCCGAAGUACCCGGGUCAGCUAGUCUUCUCUGGCUCACUGCUUAACCAGAUUCUUCAGAGGCUAUGUCAGCCGCCCACGGAUGCGCUUCGUGAGGACUGCCAGUUGAGCGUUGAAUACAUGCUAUCGGCGUACCAUCCGUCAAAUAUCGCAGCGGUCAUCGCGGCUCUGCAUGAUGCUCGUUUCUACAGAGUAUUGAAGUCCGUCUAUCGAAGCGAACGCCUUCUCACCGAGCUAUUAGAGCUAUACUUCGAGGACGCGGAAGACCAAUACGGCGUGUUCGACGACAUUGCUUUCAGUCUAAAAUCUGCCACCGAUGCGAGUCCGAAACAGAUUGCUGCUGUCAAGCGGGCGAUCAUAGACCAUAUCGGCGACCUUAGCAAGCUGGACAUCAGUCGCACAGCGCGCACGCUUGCUGUGUACGCCAAGGACCUGCUGAGACCGGCAGUGUCUGCGCUUGAGGAGUCGAGGUUGCGGUUCAGUCUCCUACGUGCGCUGUUGGAACCCGCCCUCCUGCAGGAUCCCCGCCAGCGGCAGGUCGCUUUGCUCUUACAACCAGGCGAAGCUGCUCCUUUCGUUGAACAAUAUGUGCAACUGAUGUGUGUCCAUGAUCCAGGACAUGUUGCCGACUACGUCAAUAUCCUACCAACAUCAGAAUUGCAACUAGAUAACCUGUUGCCGGCUAUGGAGAGGGCUGGCGUCGUUGACGCUGCGGUCGUGCUUCUUAGCCGUGAUGGGCGCGCCCGAGAUGCCAUUGAUCGCUUAGUCGUCCACCUGCAGACAUUGGAGCAAGCACUGACAAGUCUUCUUGCUGCGGCGGCUGACUCGCCAGAUCCAACGUCAAGCAAAGAAGCUGCGGACGACCUCGUAGAAGCGGUCGAGAAGUAUACGAAAAUCGGCACCUGGAUCUGUCAAGGCCAGAGCGCGAGUGUUCAGCGUCGACCGCGACCUCGCACAAAUUUCGCGUGGGACAUUCGAGAGGAUGAUCUUGACCUUGACGAAUACCUCUGGUUGAACCUGGUCCAUGCUGUCGUGCAGCUGGCCAAGAAUGUUAACCUAGCGCUACAUCAUGCUGAAGAUGCGCAGUCUCACGGCGAGAGCGAGACAGUAGAGUUCUCCAACAUGACUUCUGCUUUGCGACUCAGCGUUCAGCAGGUCUUUACCUCUUUGCUUGCCGCGACAUCAACACCUAGCAUCCAACAAGAAGCGGGCACAUCAGCUGCUCAUCGACCGACGCCCGACAAUCUCAGCUGUCUCCGCGUGCUGAGAGCCUUCUUAUCUCGCGCUAGCAAGACGGCACCUUCGCUAUCUGACCUUCGCGAAGUCUUGUCGGACAUUUUCUCGGCGUACACAUACGAGCAAGGCGUACUCGAGCUGGCUAACGAGCUGCUGGGAAGCGACGUGUUUGCAGACGUCCGGGAGGCGAACGAGCUACGGCAGCGAGGUUGGCGACCUCGAGCGCAGGUCUGCGAGCAUUGUAAGCGCCGUGCUUGGGGUCCGGGUAUCGGAGAGGUUGUCUGGGAUGAGUGGGUGCUACGAGAGCAAAGCAGGGAGGCCGAGAAAGCUCGUAAGCUUGCUGAGCGAACCGGCGGCGAGGAAGUCCGCCGCCAGGACAGAGGCAAGGCUAGAGCUAGCGAUGUCGGCUUAGCCGAGCGGAAUGACGACCAGGACAAGGAGGCGCGAAAGCUGGCACUUGUGGUCUUUGCCUGCCGGCAUGUGUUCCACCGUGUCUGCUUGGACGAGAGCUACCGAGAUAGCGGACGUCCGAUAACGGGAGUGUAUAAAUGUCCGAUAUGUAGAGAACGGACGUGA